AUGGAGGUGCCAUUGUCAACAUGGUUUUGCAACAAUGGCCAGUAUUACGAAGAUGCAAAUUCAGAAAAACAAAGCACUACUUCAACAACAUAUGAAGAAAAUACUAGCUCUUGCAGUAUUGACACCUUUGUUAAUAUUUCUCCUAGUUCUUAUUGCAUAGCCACUUUCAAAACCUCAACCCCUCAAAUUUCCCAUCUAGCCAUAUACAACAACAUUUUAUACGCUGCAUCUCUCAACGAAAUCACAGCCAUUGAUUUGAAAACCUAUGAACUUAUCGACACGUUCACCAGUUCAUCUUUUGGCUUAGUAAAAUCAAUUGCCUUUAGCAAAACAAAAAUCUUCACAGCACAUCAAGAUUGCAAAAUUAGGAUUUGGAAAAUAAAACCCUCCUCAUCAAAAAAUCAUCAUCAUCUCCUCUCAACGCUUCCGACGUUAAAAGAUCGAAUCCGACGUGGCAUUUCUCCUAAAAAUUACGUCCAAAUUAGACGUCACAAGCAAAAAUUAUGGAUCGAACAUGCAGAUACUGUUUCAGGAUUAGCUGUUAAUGAUGGAUUAAUGUAUUCAGUUUCAUGGGAUAAAACCCUCAAAAUUUGGAAAAUGUCUGAUUUUUCUUGCUUAGAAUCUGUUUUAGGUCACUUCGAUGCUAUUAACGCUGUUGUUGUUUCUCAUGACGGCGUCGUUUAUACCGCCUCGGCCGAUGGGGAAGUAAAAGUUUGGCAAAGAGAAAAUAAUAAACAUAGUUUGGUAACGACAUUGAGAAAACAUAAGUCAUCAGUAAAUGCAUUAGCUUUGAAUAGAGACGGAACAAUUUUAUUUUCAGGAGGAUGUGACGAAAAUAUUUUAGUAUGGGUGAGGGAGGAAUGUGCAGAUUAUAUGUUGCUUACAUGGUCAUUGAAAGGACACAAAGGUGCAAUUUUGUGCUUGGUUUAUUUCGAUGGCGUUUUAAUAAGUGGAUCGUCUGACAGAAGCACGAGAAUUUGGGAAAAGAGUAAUAGUAGUAAUAAAGAAUGUGGGUAUUUUUGCUCUAUAGUUCUUGAAGGGCAUUGUAAACCAGUGAAUGGAAGCUUGGAUGGAGAAAUUAGAGUUUGGCAGGUUAAUAUUGUUUCAGUGUCACGUUAA